UGCAGAAAACAGGACUGACUGGUUUCACGCGCCCCUUCGCUUUGGGAGCGAGCCUCUCUCUCUCUCUCUCUCUUCAUUAUCAUCCACCACAACAGCCGCCUGCACACACUAUAGCGAGGGCGGGAGGGAGGAGGCAGCCCUCGCACCCUCAGGAGCAGCAGCGGGCACUGAGGGCAAAGCCUGAGAGAGGCCGCCGGCGGGACGUGGAGCGAGGCAAGCGCAGCCGCAGCCGCUGCUUCCAAGCCACGCAAAGAGCCGCGGGAUCGGAGGUGCCGCGAUGACUCUGGUGCUGCCCCUGAGCAGCUUCUGCGAGCCCAUUGUCUCCUCCGAAGGAGCCGCCGAGUUCCAGCCGCUGUGGGAGUCGCGCUGUUGCAGCAAGAGCAGCCCCGCCUCGGAUGCAGCCACCGCUGCCACCGCCAGCAGCAGCAGCAGCAGCAGCAGCAACCCGGGCCAAGCGCAGCCGCUGCCGCCGCCGAGCAACGACAGCAGGGCAGCGGCUGGGCAGCCCCCGGCGCCAGGAUCUCACCACAGAGGAAUUUCAAAUCCUGUAACAACAUCCAAGAUCACGUACUUUAAAAGGAAAUAUGUGGAAGAAGAGGACAUCCACCCCCCACUCAGCAGCUGUACACCUAAAACGAUAUCUGUCUUUGAGGAGCGGGCGCAUAUCCUUUAUAUGUCUUUGGAAAAACUGAAGUACAUUGACGACCCCGAAGUCUACUUAAGGAGAUCCGUCCUCAUAAACAAUUUAAUGAAGAGAAUUCAUGGGGAAAUUAUCAUGCAAAACAACUGGUGUUUCCCUGCUUGCUCCUUUGGGGGGGCCUCUGCCCAGGAGUGGUUCGUUUCUCAUGACUGUCCUUAUAGAAAACGCCUUCGGAUGGCAAGGGAGGACUGCGAAAAGAUCCACACCUGCUGUUUUUACCAAGAAUGCAGCAGCCACUAUUUAAGUUUGCCAUUGUCUGCAAAUUCUGCAAUGGGAAAUUCCUCCUCCUCCGCCUCCUCCUCCUCCUCUUCUUCCUCCUCCUCUUCUUCCUCCUCCUCCUCCUCUUCGAUAUCUUUGCCAAGUUGUUCCCAACAGGUGGAAUAUGGUGUUGGCAGCACCCCAGUUUACCGGAGCGAUGAUCAGAUACACAUCAAUGAAAUUUUCAUUACUAAUGCUGGGCUGCAUGGGAACCAGGACAAGACCGUAUUAACCAAUGAGAAAGGAAGCCACGAUAUAGAAAGAGACCGUGCCUCGGAUUGGGAGCCUAUGAAAAGCGACCAUGGCAUUGCAUGUAAAAGCAAAUGUUAUGAUUAUUUUGAGACAGGGCGUGCUGACAAGAGCAACAUGAACGAAUCUUGGAAGAAAUCCUUACGAAAAAGGGAAUGCUUACCAGGUGGCAAAAUAUGUUGCAGUAAAGGAAGUAAAAUAUGAACCACCUUCCAAAAUAACUGCAGUUCUAAAGCACGCACAAGCAUGUUGAAUUUAUCGAACAAUAUUUCAUUCCGGAUGAAUUUUUCUGAUAGUUUUAUACAGCCAAUACAAUCAUAACACAAGCUUCAUGGAUAGUUUAAGGGACUUGGCAGCGGAGUGCGUUGGAGCGUAUGUAUGUAUGGUCUGCAUCGCAGAGCUAUUGAUACAUAUAUAUAGAAUCUUCAUAAAGAGCUCCGUUGAAUUGCAAUGUGUAUUUUAGCUUUUGCCGCUGUGGAAAACUAAUAAACCAGACGGAGAAAACACACAACCCUUUUCACCUAGCCCCCUGGGGAGUCUGACAUGUAUUAAGAGGAAUCUCCUUUGUGCGUAUCAAUUAAUUAUAUAUCUGAUAAACAAAUUAUUACCAGCAAAGGGGGAGGUCUACUUCUUGCCCAAGAAUAAUGGCCGUGAGAAAGACUAGGGAGAGUUGAAGAGGAAAACACCCAAUUCGUUAUCUAGUAUUGAUACCAUUUGGAUGUAUUUAUGUGUCUGGUUCAACUGACCCAACUGGUUGCAAUAAGACCUCUUUAUGGAAUCUUUAUGAGAAGCAAACAGUUCCAGCACAUGCACAGUUUUCAGCUAAGCUGCAAGAAUGAGUGAGCCUUAUGCUGGUUUGUUGCUAUAAGGGGCAGAAUUUCUUUGGUGCCUUAAUUUUUAAUCUUAAUUUUUCCAGGGCGAAAAUUAAGUUGUUGUUUUUUUAAAAAAACAAACAAACAAACAAAAAACAAAACAGCUACAGCAGGGAUGUAACCUAAACAGGAAAUAAAAUAAUAAUAACAGGGUGGAUCAAAUAUUAUUAGAAACCUGUAUCCUUUGAAAUACUGUGUUAGAUUUCCUAUUCAAAUGCAUCUGUUCUUCGUUUUUGCUCAAUUGCUUUUUGAUUUGCCAUAGUUAGGAAGGAUUGAAGAAGAAGAAGAAGAAGAAGAAACAAUAGAGAGAUGUCUCUUGUAAACAAGCAUUUAGCGGCUUGAACAUUUCUAUGGCAACUGUCUGUUGCUGUGAUUCCCCCCCCCUUUCCCCUGGUAUAAUGAAGUUCAUGAACCAGUGGCAUGCUUUAUACUUUAUUCUGUUUCACAUCAUUUUCUCUCUUUAAAAUUGUAAAGAGCAUGUACUGGGGUUUCAUAUAACUUUAGGGUUUUUUUAUUUGGGGGAAGAAAAGCACAAUGUUACUAAACGAUGUGGUGAUAUAAGAUUUUAUCUGAAAUGAAUGUAAGGGUUUUAAUUUUUUUU